AUGUCCUUGCCUUCACGAGCUGUUCCACGUCGGAGAUAUGUUACCACAGCCUGUUUUACCUGCCGGUCUCGAAAAGUAAAGUGUAGCGGGGAGCAACCCUGCAGCCACUGUGUCGCGAAUAACCUCGAAUGCAAACUCGACAGCACCGUGGAUCAACGCCGCACCACCGAUCUGAAGCGGAAGUUGGACAGUCUCGGAGAGGACCACGAUCUCCUCCUGCGGCUGGUUAGGACCCUGCGUCACAACAAUGCCUACAUCGACGAGCUGGUGGACUAUAUCCGCAAUCGCAAUCCAUCCUUGAGCCAGAUCAAGGCAUUCAUGGACGGAAGCGCAGGACGGGAUGAGAUGGAAAAGACUCCAGAGUUACUCGGGGUCUAUCAAGAGAUUGACCAAUUGCACCGAGUGCCGGCCAGAGACACGACUUGGGCGUCGGACAUGGACCGGCUCUGUGGUUUGCCACUCUUUUCCGUGCCUGCCAAGCCCUGGACCGAGAUCACCGACGAUGACGAGUUCGUCUCACAUCUAGUUUCCCUGUGGUUCACCUGGCACCACUCUUCCUUCAACUGCAUCGAUAAGGACCUGUUUCUCCGGGACAUGAAGUCCGGAGUGGUGGAUUCGCCCUUCUGUUCUCCGUUUCUCGUGAAUGCGAUCCUUGCCGAGGCCUGUUUCUAUCCAGCUUACCCGGAGACCGAUGCGGUUCGAGGCGACUUAUCGACGAAGGGCGAGGGAUUUUACAAUGAAGCAAAGCGGCUUCUCGAUGUCGAAGAGAGCCGAAUCAGCAUCACCGCCGUUCAAGGCAUGGGAGUAAUGUACUCAUGCACCUCGACGAUGGGCAAGGAUAGACAGGGGUGGGUGUAUCUGGUUCGCGUUUCCAACGCCGUGCGCAUGCUGCGCUCCAGUCAGGCGCAGCUACUCCCUGCGAUCAAUCUUCCGGGAGCGACCUGGACUCGAAUACUAGAUAAUCUGGAGAGGGGACUGUUUAGUACCACCACGAUGAGCUGCCUUGCUCUUCAGAAGCCGCCUCAGAUGAACAAGCCCACUAGCAUCCGGCUGCCCGUUCACCAAGACAAGAACGAUUUGUGGAUGCCAUAUCCCCUCCAGGACCGACCGUGUCCGGCUCAUACAAACUGUGUAUCAAAUGAGAGGACAAACUUGGGAGGAAUCGCAUGGGAGGUAGCCCACUACUGCUUCGCGAGUAGCGAUAAACCGCCCCGGGCGGAUAUUGAGGCUGCAGUCAAGCGUUGGCAUGAGCAACUUCUGGAUUGGGCCACAAAUCUUCCAGAAUGCCUGGCGUACACUGACCAAGCCAUGCCGUGGGUUCUAAGUCUGCACAUGUAUCAUCAUACUCUGAUCAUGACGAUCUAUGCCUUCCUCAAGACCCCGCCUCCGGACGCCGAUGAAGCAACGCUCGAGUCGGCGUCCUCCGCGCGACAACAAUGUAUGACAUCGGCGCGGACUGUCAGCGGCCUCGUAGGUGUCUAUUGGGCUCGAUGGGGGAUGACACGAAUGACCUGCAGCGACAUGCAGUGCAUCACGAUGUCACUAUACACCCUAAAAGAUGACCUCGACGACGAAAAGAGCCACCAAGCCUUUCGGGCCCUCCGUAAGACCGCCAUGCCGUUCUGUGAGCGAUGGCUGAUAUUGAAGGGGAUUUUCCUGGUACAGAUUUCGACAAUGCAGACGAAGGAAAACUUGCCCAAGGACUGUCUUGAGAUCUCCCGCGACUUUGGGGAACGACCGAGGAUACCCGAGACCCGGGAAAGCGACAACGAUCUGUAUUCUGAUCUUGCGAUCGCGUUCAAACAACAAAUCGAUUACAGUCUGGCGAUGAGCGGGAACUGGAUCGUGCGUGGGAAGCGUGGAGCUACCUUAAGUGUCUCAGAGGAGGCCAAGGAGUAAGCCGGCUACAAGGGAAGAGGUUGAGAUCGAUUGUGCUUUAGCAAGUUGCCUGCCCUUCCUCUUGUUUCGAAGCCAUUGCAAGUGGCUUUUGGAUACAGGCAUAUGUAUCAUCCCGCGCCGAAAUGAUCAAUGUGUUAUCAUGUUGGAUAAAUUGCGGGUGUAGCUGCCAGGGCUGUCUGGCAAUCAAAAGUAAGUCCAUACCUUCAACUAACAUUAGCAGACGGCUACUGGUCGUCAUGUAUCUGUAGUAUCGACGACGCGCAAUUAGUCCUUGCUAUCUCGUUUCAGGGAC